AUGAAAGGAGGACUUGUGAAUUUUCCCGAGCGGAUGGGUAAACCAUCGCUCGAUAAUGUGGACAAUCGUCACGAAAGUAUCGAAUGUAUUCUUGAUCACGCUGUUCAUCCAGCUCUCAUACCACUCGUCGAAUCACGCUCGGUGAGAACAACCUUCGCCUCUGGAUUUGCUUCAAUCAAGUCAUCUGAACAAGCAACGACCGGCGUGUCCGAAGAGACUGCGCCGUAG